AUGAGUACCGAUAACAAGUUGUUUGUCACUGAGGAGGAGGAAGAAGACAGAACGCAGGACCGCGCUGAUGUGGAGGACGAAUCGAACGACGUUGAUAUGAUAGCGGAUGAGAACGGAACAAGCAGUGCUGCUUCUAAUGAGCAGGAGGAUGAAGAAGGAAAGGGAGAGGGCAGUGAUGACAGCGAUGACGGGGAGCGAGAGGAGAAGGAGGACGAUGACCCAGUAAUUGAGGAGUUACCACUGAACAUCUCCGGAAAUGACGAGUCGCUACACGUGUUUCAGUACGCAAAUAGACCAAGGCUAGUCGGACGCAAACCUGCUGAGCACCCGUUCAUAUCUGCGGCCAGAUAUAAGCCCAAAUCGCAUCUAUGGGAAAUAGAAACUCCCUUAGAUGAGCAAGCUUUUUAUAACAAGGAUAAAGCCGAGGCUGAUUGGAACGGUGUCAAUAUUCAGACAUUAAAGGGUGUUGGCGUGGAGAACAAUGGUCAGUAUGCUGCGUUUGUCAAGGACAUGCAGGUUUAUUUGGUGCCCGUUGAGAGGAUAGCACAGCUAAAGCCAUACUUCAAGUAUAUCGAUGACGUGAAUAUAACAAGAAAGCAGGAGGACGCCAAGAGGAAUCCCAAUCCUUCGUCGCAACGUGCUCAAGUGGUCACCAUGUCCGUAAAGAGCGUCAACGAUCCUUCUCAAAACAGACUCACUGGAUCCCUGCUGGCACAUAAAGUGGCCGACGAGGAGGCUAAUCUCGAGUUAACCUGGGCGGAAGAUACGUUUGAGCAAUUCAAAGAAACUGUCGUGAAGGAAGCUGAAGGUAAAACCCUGAUAGCCUCAGAAAAACAAGAAGAUUAUAUAGAUAAUUUAGUUUGA